GGUAACUGGGUUGAUAUAAUUAUAGCAGCUCAUUGAACACAUAAUCUAGCAGAAGUAAGAUGUUUGAUUAACUUUCUAGACCUGCUGGCUCAGUGUCAGUCAGUCUGACAGUUGUUGCAUGCCAGGCUCUUGUAGAUCUACAUCAUCUACAUAUUCAUCAAUCUCUACAUAUACUAGCCUCCUUUGCCUCUCAGAAGAAGUGCGGCCUGGGAUCGAAGCUAUACAUACAUAUACAAGCUCCAAGAACAUUGUGUAGAUCAUGAUGGUUACCAGAGGAUACAUGUUACGUGUGGCACUACUCACGGUCAUACUGAUGGCCACAUCCAAAACUGUGUGUGGUGAAUUUAUUCUAACUGUCAACUUGGUCAAUUACACCAACCCAACCGGACUGUGUGCUGAAUGUCACUUAAACACAACAUUUGGUCCAGUGUGUUGUGAUGAACUACCACUCAAAUCUGGAAACUGUGACAACACAGGAGAGAAUAGCUGUGACACCAGGUUCCGUUGGACCAUCAGACCAUUCCGUGCAUCACUAGAGAUAAGAACCAGCACUGGGUACAACUUCACAGACUGUUCAGUGUCCCCCAGCACUUGCCCAUUCAAUGAAAUGAGCACAACAUUCGGUCAAGGUCCAACAGCACUACUGGGGGUAGCACCCAAUCCUCUACCUGUUUCAAGCACAACUUUUAAUGCAUGGACAGGGCGGAUUCAAUUCUUCAUAGAAGCCGUGGACAGCAGACUCCCGAACAUAAUAGACAGUUUGUUGAUUGACCUGGACACCCUCCAACUUGGAGCAGACUUCACAGAGGAGAUGACGUUCACUGGAUUCCACAACAUAUCUCACAUGACCAUGAGUUUCAGAGUCGAGUGCUCUCCUGGUUUCUGUGGAUCUGACUGUACCACAACACCUCAGAACAAUCCACGAGUGGCGACAUGUCAAUGUACUGAUCACCGAUUUGACCCCUCACCUCUUGUAGUCUGCACCCAGUGCCUACCAGGCUGGGACAUUACCUCGGACUGUACUAGUUGCCUACCCAACAGAGACCCAGUCACCAACUGCUCUCUCUGCCUACAACCAGACAGGUUCACUGAUACAGACUGCAGUGUGUGUGCUCUACCAGGAGGGGACCCAGCAACACUCUGUCAAACAUGCUUGGCCACUAACUUUGACCCUAACACAAAUUGCUCUGAAUGCAUAGGCAAUCUUGAUCUCAGCUCCAGCUGCUCCACUUGUUUGCCUGGAUAUGAUAGUAGCCUUAACUGUGCACUGUGUCUAUCUGGAUGAAACAUAUCCACAAGAUGUACCACCUGUCUGGCUGGAUUCACUGGAAGUAACUGUGAACCUGUUUCUGCCGUGAAUGGUGGUCUUGUGGGUGGUAUAGCGGGUGGAGCUCUCUUCCUGGUGAUAAUCGUCUUGGUGAUCAUUGUGUGUGUGCUCGUGUGUAAAAAUUGUGUGUAAAAAUCGAAGGAGAGGUCACAUCAAAUUU